AUGGCGUCUCAGUCCGACAUCAAGACGCUCGCGGUGAUGGAUGCCAGCGAGCUGCAGGAAGGCCAGCACAAAAACGUCGACUUCGACGGAUCGAAGAUCCUGGUGUCCAAGUUGCAGGGCCAGGUGUACGCUACCUCUGCUUACUGUACUCAUUAUGGCGCCCCGCUUGAGAAGGGUGUGCUCUCGCACGACGGUCGUGUCGUUUGUCCAUGGCACGGAGCGUGCUUCAACCUCAAGACGGGCGAUAUCGAGGACUCGCCCGGUCUCGACUCGCUCUGGAAGUUCAAGGCCGAGGAGAAGGACGGCAAGAUCAUGGUCUCGGCUAGCGAGAAGGAGGUCAAGUCCAAGGUUGGCAAGGUUGUCGCUGCGACCAAGUUCGCCCAGAAGAAGGCGGCGCAGAGCGGAAAGGAGGAGACCGUCGUCAUUGUUGGUGGUGGAAGCGGUGGUCUCCACGCCAUCGAGAGUUUGCGCAUGAACGAGUUCAUGGGGAAGAUUGUUGUUCUGUCGGAGGAGAAGUACGCCCCUAUCGACCGCACUAAGCUGUCGAAGGCUCUGGUGGACGACGCCGAGAAGCUCCAGUUCCGCACACCUGAAGUUCUCAAGAACGAUUUUGGCGUAGACUUCCACUCCGGCACGGCCGUUACCGGCGUCAACACCAAGGAACAGAAGGUAACCACCUCCUCCGGCGAGUUCUCCUACGAUCACCUCAUCCUCGCGCCCGGUGCCAAGCCCAAGAAGAUCCCCAUCGAAGGCAAGGACCUGGAGAAUGUCGUCACACUCCGCCACAUCAGCGAUGCGGCCAGCAUUAACAAGAUGAUCACCAAGGACAGCGAGGUGGUGAUCAUCGGGACCAGCUUUAUCGGCAUGGAAGUGGCCAUGGCGGUACUCAAGAAGGAGCCCAAGAGCGUCAACAUGGUUGGCGUGGAUGAGAUCCCCUUCGAGGCUAUCCUCGGCAAGGAGAUCGGUACAGCGAUCAUGGAGACGAUGAAGAAGGCGGGCGUCAAGUUCCACAUGCAGGCGGAGAUCAAGAAGCUCAACCCUACUUCGGAGGGCGGCUCCGCAGUUGGUUCGUUGUCGAUGAAGGACAAGGAGGAUCUCCCCGCCAACUUGGUCAUCAUGGGCACCGGUGUCGCCCCGGCUACCGAAUUCCUUAAGGAGAGCUUCAGCCUCGAGAAGGACGGCGGUAUCAAGGUGGACGAGUACCUCCGGGUCGAAGGCCAGAAGAACGUCUACGCGAUCGGAGACAUUGCGCACUACCCGCAGGCGCCCGAGGGGCAGCAGCGGAGGGUGGAGCACUGGAAUGUUGCUGGUCAGCACGGACGUGAAGCUGCUCACAACAUCGCCAAGCCCAACGACCUCGUCAAGUACGACAAAAUCCCCGUCUUCUGGUCCUCGGUCGGUAAGGGUUUGCGAUACGUCGGUACCGGCGGUGGCUUCGAUGACAGCUAUACCGAUGGCAGCAUCGACGAGCUCAAGGCGAACCAGUUCGCCACCUACCAAGCCAAGAACGGAAAGAUCACCGCUGUCGCCUCGAUGCAGAAGGACCCGUAUGUUGCCAAGGCUAGCGAAUUGAUUCGCUUGGGUCUGAUGCCGACCUUGGACGAGAUCAGGGGUGGCAAGGUGAGCAUCUCUCGGCCAGUUCUGUUAGAAGGGAUGAGGCUGACAGGGCAGAACAUCCUCGAGAUCAACACCAUCACGGCUUAA